AAAUUUGAGAAUUAGGUCGCAUCCUAAACCUUGAAAUUUUAAUUUUUUGAGGCCUUGGAAGCGCACAACCAACUUUUAUCACUUCAUUUGCUCUCCCCACUUCCCACUCUGCUCCGCCUCAACCUUCAACCCUCUCGUCUUCUUCACCAUCCAUCUCUCUCUCUCUCAUCCACAAAUUAAGUACCUUUUCACACUUUCUUUCCCUUCACUGCUCCAAUCAACCACAGAAAAGUUUUUCUUUUCUUUUUAAGAAAAUAAAGACAAAAACAGAGAAACCUACUCCCCAUUUCUGAUUUGUAUUAUUCUCACUCUGUUCCACACCCAAUGGCAGAGAUUCAGCCGCCGGAGGCUCAGAUUAAUGGCGGCGCCGGAACCCUAAUUUUGAAUUCCUGCGAGCCUCUCGCCUCCAAGCGCCAGAGGAGGCCCAGUGUUCGAUUGGGUGACAUCGGCGGCGACCACCACUAUGAAUCCCACCACCGCCGCGCCAACACCACCAAGCAAUGGAAGCUCCCCUCCUUCGACCACCACCGCAAGGACCACCCAACCGCCUCCGCCGCCUCCUCAGGUAAACCCUCUAAGACCCGACCUUUAACCAAUUUGAGCACUUCCUCCGCUCCCGCCGGAGAGUUCGACGAAACCCUAGUGGGCGACGAGAGGGAAGGGAACCAUAACAACAACAUCGAUGGUGUCGCAAUUGGUAGCUGGAAAGUGAAGGAAUCCAAGAAAAGGGGUUCCAAGAGGGUCAGAUCGAAUUGGAUUCCAAGAAUCGACGAAGGUGGCGGUGGCGCUGGCACUGGAGGUGAGGAGGAAGAGAAGUACAGUGGGGGCGACGAGGGGGAUGACGGGUGUCGGGAAUUUGAUUUUGAAAAUUCUGAAAGCCCUACGAAGGAUCAGAGCCCUGUGAAUUCAAUGGAGAAUUUUGGGGUUGAUGGGAACAGGAGGUCCUUCAAGGGUCGGGAUCACCAUAAUCAUCAAGAUGGAAUUGAGUUAUCUGGGCCCUCAGAUACUAAUGGAAGGGAUUGGAGAGGGGCUAGUUUUGAUAGGAACGGGAAUGGUGGGAGGGCGAGGUUUGGUGAAGAUGGUGUUAGGGUUUGGCUUAAUGGGUUAGGAUUGGGUCGUUAUGCACCUGUGUUUGAAGUUCAUGAGGUCGAUGAUGAGGUUCUUCCAAUGUUGACACUUGAGGAUCUCAAAGACAUGGGGAUUAGUGCUGUUGGCUCAAGAAGGAAAAUGUACUGUGCAAUUCAGAAGCUUGGAAAAGGAUUCUCCUGAGA